AUGGCUUCCAUCAUCUUCUCCUCCCAAAGCUCUGGUUUUCCUCUGCCAUGGUUACGGGAUGGAGUGUAGCGACUCCAUGAGAGAAUGCGGAAUCAGACUAUCUUCAACCGGAUACGCGGUUUUUGGUAUGGACUAUGAAGGUCAUGGUCGGUCCAUGGGAGCUCGCUGCUACAUCAAGAAGUUUAGAAACAUUGUGAAUGAUUGCUAUGAAUAUUAUACCUCUAUUUGUGCGCAAGAGGAGUUCAUGGAAAAAGGCAGAUUCUUGUAUGGAGAAUCCAUGGGAGGUGCAGUCACUUUAUUGCUUCACAAAAAAGAUCCUUCUUUUUGGAACGGUGCCGUUCUUGUCGCUCCAAUGUGUAAGAUAUCUGAGAAGGUGAAGCCACAUCCCGUGGUGAUUAAUCUGUUAACUAGAGUUGAAGAGAUCAUACCGAAAUGGAAAAUAGUUCCUACAAAAAACGUAAUCGACGUUGCUUUCAAGGAUCUUGCCAAGCGAGAAGAGGUCAAAAGCAACAAACUGAUUUAUCAAGAGAAACCUAGACUCAAAACCGCACUUGAAAUGCUUCGGACAAGCAUGAACCUCGAAGACAGUCUAGACGAGAUUACAAUGCCGUUCUUUGUGUUACAUGGAGAAGCUGAUAUAGUGACGGAUCCAGAGAUAAGCAAAGCUUUGUACGAGAAAGCUAGCUCAAAGGACAAGACUCUCAAGUUGUAUCCUGGGAUGUGGCACGCUCUGACGUCAGGUGAGCCUGACCACAACGUCGAUAUUGUUUUUGCUGACAUCAUCACUUGGCUUGACCUUCGAACAGCUGACUCAGCGUCAUUGACUGUCACUCCUAUACGAGUUACUACCACUGCUAGUGUCCAGAGGGUUAUUGUUAACGGCGUUAGCAACGGUCAAAGGAGGCCUAAACGUUCUUACUUCAGUCUGCUUUGUGGUUUGAACGGUGGCCGUUUGGUUCCCCGAUCUCCUACG